CUACCAAAAGACAAACCCAACCACAUUAUACCACAACUCCAUCAUGCAUCAAAUGCUCAUCGGUCGCUCCCGACCAGUCGUCGGCAACAUCAGCCAAAGACUGCAGUCGGCGGACCCUACCCAACGACGACAACAUAUCAUGCGGUCGGAUACCUAUCGCAAGGAUAGCUCAGAACCCGGCCAUAUCCCCGUCAGUUCCUUACGCGUGCACGGCGCCGCUUGGGCCGUGGCUGGCGCCAGCAUGUACGCUACCCUGCAUGGGGUCUACAUGAUGCUCAAGUCCUUCCGGCAGAUCCGCUACAUCUAAUCCUGUCAUUUCUUUGAAGAAUGGAAGUUGUACAUGUGUUGAUUUGAGCGAUAUGGAAUGACAUUAGUUUGAUUAAUUAUCAGAACUUGUAGGAUUAAGAAGUAUUGGAGAAGGUGGAGUUCUGCAGUGGUCUUAAAUAGUCUCGAACUGGUGGUUAGACCUGCACUCUUAUAUAUCAGCAGAAAGA